AUGACGUAUUUUCAGUUGCAGUUGCGCGUGAGCUUAAGUGGUCAUUGGACGGUGGCGAUGCCUAAGAUCAAGUGUUUCGGUGAACGGCCACAAGCCUUCGUUGGGCAAUAUAUGCGAUAUCAUCGUGGAUCGCUCUACAAACGAUUCCCUCAAUUAUGGAAACGCAUGGCGACCAUUGAUGAGAAGCGAAAAAUGCAGGAAAUGGCCUGUCCAUCAUCGUUUUUGAACACGAACAUUAUGCUUGUCAGAGCUAGCGAGGUAGAUGACAUUUUGAUGGGUCGUGAAGAGAAAUAUCGCGCUGGCGGAAGUAGCGCAACUCCCACAAGUAGUGUCUCUUCCUCGCUGAGCAGUGCUGUCGCUCUGAAUGGUACACCAAUGAAAACAACACGCUCCGGUACUGGGCCAUGGCUCGGACAGCAGGUACAGUUUCGAUUUCAUUAA